AGAGCCCGGAGACCGGAUCGUGAGCUCUCCAGCCUAUUUACGGGGCCCAGAGACACCGAGCGGUCAGUCGCGUGUCCGAUCUGAAACUGUCGAGAUGAAAUCGCUGGUGGUGCUGUCUUUGGUGGGUCUGGUGGUGUUGGCGAUGUCCGGAGAGGCCAACGCGGAACGUGCCGACUGUGAUGGCGGCAAGAAGCCGGAGGACAGUGACUUCACCCACUUCUUCAAGAACCUCGGCUGCAAGGUUAAGCAGGGGGCAGAGGACGUGGCGGAGGCGGCCAAGCCCUACGCGGACAAGAUCAGCGACGGCGCCAAGGACCUCGGCCAGUCGGUGGCUCACCAGUACGAUGUCCUGAAGCACAAGCUCUCGGACGAGGGUUCGACGACCCCCCGCGGUGCCGUGCCCUACGACGCCCCCACCGAGAAGGUGCCCCUGGCCCCAAUCGCCCCUUCGCCGCCGCCUGCCCUGUGAGGCGGACCAGAACGCACCCGGGUCUCAGUCUCUGAGGAGGAUUGCAUAAGAUUGUUUUGGCUCAGAAUUUUUUUGAAUUUUUUUCAUGUGAUGUAUUUGAAAAUAAACACCUAACGAAAGUUGGAA